AUGACCGAAUUGGAGCCAUUUGGAACUAAGCAGAAGAUUCCUCGAAAAAAUGGGAGAAAAAGGAAACGUUCGCAAUCAACAAGUUCAGAAGAGGAAUGGUUCAGUAGUGACGAAAGCAUUCACCAAGAUAAGAUUACUGAAGACCAGGAGGAACAACAGUUUGCUAGUGGGCCUUGGACAUAUGAUCUGGAUGUGGUGCUCGCAAAAAAAGAGUUUGAAAUUAAAAAUAUGUGUCGAGAAAUGAAUGCUUCCGAUUUUACAAUAGAAUAUGUGCAAGAAAACGGUUUGGAAGAACCUCUUCUGUUCAGAGAUUCAUUGAGCUCACUUGGAAUGAAAAUGCCAAAAGAUGGGACUUUCACUGCAAGGUGUGUAUUAAAAGCAGUUGGUGAUCGUAUGAUUGAAGUGGUUGAUGUGAUGACACAAGGUAGCCGACAAAUGAUGCUAAGUGAUUUCGUUGAAUAUUACGAGUCCCCACCGGCAGAACGAAAAGAUCUGCUUAAUUUACUUUCGCUUGAAUUUUCGCUCACACCGCUCUCAAAAAAAGUACGAGGACCAGCACUAGCUCUAGAAAUCGACUGGGUUGAACUCUACUGGCCAAAGAAUUUACGGAACUCUCCAUCUACUUUUCCUAAAGUACAGAACUACUGCCUAAUGAGUGUUAAAAGAUCGUUCACUGACUUUCAUAUUGAUUUCGGUGGCACAUCAGUUUGGUACCAUGUUUAUAAAGGAAGAAAGAUUUUUUGGAUUAUUGAACCUACAGAAGAAAAUAUACUGAAGUAUGAAAGAUGGAUAUUAGAAGGAUCGCAACAUGAAGCAUUUUUCGGUGAUCUUGUUGAUAAAUGUGCGAGAAUAGAGUUAUAUGAGGGUUACACCUUUAUUAUUCCAUCAGGCUGGAUUCAUGCUGUGUAUACUCCCGAGGACAGCUUAGUUUUUGGUGGAAACUUUCUUCAUAGCUUUUCUAUUCCAAUGCAGUUACGAGUCAUUCGUUCUGAAAACAUUCUUGUGAUUAAAGAAAAGUACCGCUAUCCGAGUUACAUGGAAAUGGUAUGGUAUGUGAUAGAAAAUAUUAUUAAGAAAGCAACUGGCCGCAUCUACAAAAUUAAUAAAACGAGCGAGGAUGUAUCGGUUAGCAAUGAUCAGAAAGUCAAUAACAAUGCUUUAAAAGAGGAAGCUGAUAUAAAAAAAGAAGCGAAUGAAGCUGUUGCCACAUGCGAAGCAAAUAUAUCAGCAGAAAUAAAAGAAAAUGAAGUGGACUCAGCUGUAAAGUUGAAAUCCUUCCAGCAUAUUAAGUCGCCAAGUACAACAGAAGAGAACAGUUUGACAUAUAAUGACGAGUAUCUCUCAACAAUCAGCAAAAAAGAACGAGAAGGAUUUAAAUCGUUGCUAUUUUAUGUGCGAGAGAUUGUUACUGAUCAUAAAGAAUCGGCAAAUCAAGAGAAAAGUGAUUUAUUGGAUAUUUUUGAACAAGUACUAAAUCACCAAGUUCCCGAACAUUUCGUAGUCGGAAAAGAAAAGAAGAAUGAACAGCAGAUUUCACCGAAAUUAAAUCAGUGGUUGGAAGCUUUUGGAAAAAAUAAAUCGCCUAUAGUCAAGCGAAAAGUACCUCCGAAGGAAAAAGUCAUCGAAACACAACAGUUUACGAGACCUAAACCACCCAAGUCAAAAGUUAAAAGCAACAAAAAGCCGGAUUAUCAUAAACCUGAUGGACCAUUAAUUGUGGGUGGCAUUCCGCCAGCUAUCAUGCCGGCUGAUGCACCUCAAGCACCUAACCCAUAUGGUUACGAUCCUUUGGCUUCUGUUACUCCGUUGGGACACAAACAAUUACCUUCUGCUUAUAGACGCACACCUGAUAUGGCAAAGGUACCACCGACCCAAAAGUUCCGUCUUCAACCUCAGCUGUAUAAAGAUGUGAAAGCUGCAUCUGAAAAAAUGGAAACAGUAUCUGAAAAAACUUCGGAUAAGUCGUGGUCGACGAAUGUUAUAUCGGCACCUGGACCUUCAAAUGAUAGUAAAUCAACAGAAUAUGAAAGCAGAGCUGCAACUACUACACAUAUUGAUAAUGAAAGGAGCUUUUAUCAUAGUGAAUCAGCUCGGUCUUACUGCGAUCGAAGCAAAGAUAAUCAGCGUGAAAAUCGCCAUGUUAUGAAGGAAGAAUAUCCAGAGUUGCAAUAUCGAUCACCUCUGGUACGACCUGGUCCAAGUAUUAGAAGAACGAACAUUGCUUCGAAACUUAGUCGUAAUUCAUAUCGAUAUCCAGGCAAUACUUUCAAACGGCGAUAUACUGAUUCCUUUCCGGCUACUGAUUGCUGGUUAACUGGAUGCAGAGGAAAAAGACGUGCAAGUGACUGUGACACAAAAAAAAAAGACUAUUCGACUUCUUGGCGUCCAGAAACGCAUCGUAAAUUUAAUUCUAUGGAUAUGACCGGUAUUUUCCAACAGUCAUUCGCUCUAUCUGGAUCUAAGGAAAUGCCACCUGUCAUUCGACAUAGUUAUUCAGUACCUGGUGAUCCUCGUCUUCCAUCUGCAGAAGGAUUAUCAAGAUGGUCUCCUGCUACGACUAAAAAUGAUGAAAAAAGCAGAGAACUUUCUAUUAUUCAGCCAACACGAAUUACUGAGAAGCAAGGUUUUAAUAUCAGCAUGAAUAUUUCUCCGUCAGGUUGUCGGAAAAUGUCUUCUCCAGUGGGUCUUGUUGGAAGCUCACAGUAUGUCCCUCUACUGAAUCGUGAACGAAAUUCCAUUCCAUCAUCCUGUGAUGUUGAUAUUGCGAUGCAAAAUACCUCGGGAAAUGAACAUGAUGCAAUUGCAGCGGUACCUUUGCUUUCUUUACCCAUCAAAUGUUCAGUUUCUUCAUCAGAAUCCCACAGAAGUGCUGUCGAACCUGUGAAUUCUACAGAGGGAAUUAAACCUGAAAUCCGAGAUUUAUCAGUCACAUUGAAUGAAGGCAAGGAAGAUGAUACAGAAAUUAUGACAGCCGCUGAGGAACUAGCAGAAUUGACUAAAGUAUUUGAUGUCGGUGAGCAAGAUACCGAGAAGGAAGGAAUCAAGUCUUUGAUGGCCACGGUUGAAGAAAGAAAGUUGAAACGACAGAAUUGGAGUACAAAAAACAAUGAUGAAACUGAAGAUGAUUCAUCUCCUUUGGAAAAUGUAGAAACUGAAUCAGUUUCUCCACCGAGAUUAUCAAAAAUUCCAACAGAAACUGUUUUACAAAAUUUAAGUUCACUCACUGCAGAAUUUAAUGCUGUUGUGGACUGA